AUUGAUUCAGGAUUUUGUGGGACUAGUUUCUGCUCUUAAGAAAGUGGAAUCAAAAUUACCUGAUAUUUCAUCCAAAAUGUUUACUUCAACAGGGACAUUAAUCAAAAAAAAUACUUGAGGAGAUGAAAUGGAUUAAAACUUGAUUCAGUUUGGGGGAGAUUAUCUCUUUAUAGUGCUGUUAGGACAGAAAUACUCUUCAUCAAGAUGCAGAUACUUUAAAAAGGGCAGGAAAGACACCAAAAAGACACGGAAACAUGUACAUUCAAAGGGAUAGAAUAAGAUAAGGCGCAGUGAUGGAUGGAGACCUAUAUGAUGAGUUUGGUAACUAUAUAGGUCCAGAAUUAGACAGUGAUGAUGAUGAUGACAGUGAUGAUUCAGGAGAUCAGGAUGAUGUUGAGAAAUACCCUGACUAUGGAGGAGCUGAUGAGGAGGAGGCAAUGGACCAGGAUGAAGAAGAUGCCUCAGACAUGCAAGUUGUCCUACAUGAAGACAAAAAAUAUUAUCCCACACCAGAGGAGGUGUAUGGACCUGAAGUGGAGACAAUUGUACAAGAGGAAGAUACACAGCCUUUGACAGAGCCAAUCAUAGCUCCAGUGAAGAAGAAAAAGUUUUCUAUGGCUGAACAAGAUCUGCCUGACACUGUCUACAAUAUGGAGUUUUUGGCCGACUUAAUGGACACUCCUGAACUGAUCAGAAAUGUUACCCUGUGUGGCCACUUACAUCAUGGAAAGACGACCUUUGUUGAUUGCCUUGUAUCACAGACACACCCAGAGAUCAAUGUGAAAGAUGAUAAAGAUAUCAGAUACACAGACACAUUGUUCACAGAAAUUGAGCGUGGAGUGAGUAUAAAGUCGACGCCGGUGACACUGGUACUACCUGAUACAAGGAACAAGUCCUACCUUGUUAAUGUCUUUGAUACACCAGGUCAUGUGAAUUUCUCUGAUGAAGUUACAGCUGCUCUGAGGAUCAGUGAUGGUGCGGUCAUCUUUGUUGAUGCUGCUGAUGGGGUGAUGUUAAACACAGAGCGGUUUAUUAAACAUGCUAUACAGGAGAAGUUACCAGUCUGUGUGUGUAUAAACAAGAUUGACAGACUGAUUCUAGAGCUGAAGUUACCUCCAACAGAUGCUUAUUUCAAAUUGAGAAAUAUUUUAGAUGAUAUAAAUGGAAUUGUCAGUUUAUACACAGAAGAAGAAGGUGGCCAGCAGGUGUCGCCACUGAUUGGCAAUGUCUGUUUCGCCAGCUCUUACUACAGACUGUGCUUUACACUGGGCUCUUUUGCUAAAAUAUAUUCUGACACCUAUGGCGGAAUAAAUGAAAAAGAAUUUGCAAGAAGAUUAUGGGGAGAUAUAUAUUUCAACAGUAAAACGCGAAAGUUUAGCAAGAAACCACCAAACAGCUCAGCACAGAGAAGCUUCGUAGAGUUCAUUCUAGAACCAUUGUAUAAAAUAUUUGCACAGAUUGUAGGUGAUGUAGACAGCAGUUUACCAAGGGUUUGUGAUGAGCUGGGUAUCUCCCUUACCAGUGAGGAAAAGAAACUCAACAUCAGACCUCUCAUGAGAAUCGUCUGUCGAAGAUUCUUUGGUGACUUCACGGGCUUUGUGGACAUGUGUGUUGACCAUAUCAAAUCUCCGCUGGACAAUGCUAGAAGUAAGAUAGAGCACAUAUAUACUGGACCAAUGGAAUCAGAUCUCGUAGAUAUGAUGGUGCAAUGUGACUCUGAUGGUCCACUUAUGGUACAUACAACAAAGUUAUACCCCACCCAAGAUGCUACAUGCUUUCAUGUGUUUGGUCGUGUCAUCAGCGGGACACUGUAUGCUAACCAGGAAGUGAGGAUUCUGGGAGAAAACUACACAUUACAGGAUGAGGAAGACUCAAGGUUCGGUCAGAUUGGCAGACUUUGGAUCUCAGAAGCCAGGUAUAAGAUAGAGGUGAACAGGGUACCAGCUGGGAACUGGAUCCUUAUUGAAGGCAUUGAUCAGCCUAUUGUUAAAACAGCGACAAUUACAGACACUUCAGCUCCAGAGGAGGUUCACAUAUUCAGACCAUUAAAGUUCAACACAAGUUCUGUAAUCAAAAUAGCUGUGGAGCCAGUGAACCCAUCAGAGUUACCUAAAAUGUUGGACGGUCUUAGGAAAGUUAACAAGAGUUAUCCACUUGUUACAACAAAGGUUGAAGAGUCUGGUGAACACAUUAUUCUGGGGACUGGAGAACUCUAUCUUGACUGUGUGAUGCAUGAUCUUAGAAAAAUGUACUCAGAAAUAGAUAUAAAAGUGGCAGACCCUGUUGUGUCAUUCUGUGAAACUGUUGUAGAAACUUCAUCAUUGAAAUGUUUUGCUGAAACUCCAAACAAAAAGAAUAAGUUAACAAUGAUUGCCGAGCCGCUAGAGAAAGGCUUAGCUGAGGAUAUUGAGAAUGAAGUGGUACAGAUCACAUGGCCAAGAAAACGUCUCGGAGAAUUCUUCCAGACUAAGUACGACUGGGAUCUUCUAGCUGCCAGAUCUAUAUGGGCAUUUGGACCAGAUGCUACAGGACCAAAUAUCCUUGUAGACGAUACUUUACCUUCUGAAGUGGACAAGAGUUUGUUAGGAGCUGUAAAGGAUAGUAUUGUACAGGGAUUCCAGUGGGCCACCAGAGAAGGUCCUCUAUGUGAUGAACCAAUCCGUAAUGUCAAGUUUAAGAUCCUAGAUGCAGUGAUAGCCCAGGAGCCCAUACACAGAGGUGGGGGACAGAUUAUACCCACAGCUAGAAGAGUAGCUUACUCAGCAUUCCUUAUGGCGACCCCAAGGAUGAUGGAACCUUACUACUUUGUAGAAGUACUGGCACCAGCUGAUUGUGUGUCAGCAGUGUACACAGUGUUAGCCAGAAGAAGAGGGCAUGUUACACAAGAUUCCCCAGUACCUGGAUCUCCGUUAUAUACCAUUAAAGCUUUCCUGCCAGCCAUCGACUCUUUUGGGUUUGAGACGGAUCUAAGAACACACACGCAGGGUCAGGCAUUCUGUCUGUCAGUGUUUCAUCAUUGGCAGAUAGUCCCUGGUGAUCCCCUAGACAAGAGUAUACACAUCCGACCCCUGGAGGCCCAGCCGGCAACACAUCUAGCCAGAGAGUUUAUGGUCAAGACUAGAAGGAGAAAGGGUUUGAGUGAAGACGUUAGUAUCAACAAGUUCUUUGACGAUCCUAUGUUGUUGGAGUUGGCAAAACAAGAUGUGCUGCUCAGUUAUCCUAUGUAGAAUCGUGUAUUUGUGAUACAAAAAGCAUGCAAAUACCAGUUGUCCAGAUACACUGCACUAUAAAUGAAUUGUUGGUGGUCAGAAAAAUUAAAUUUUCUGAUGCAGAUAGACAGUUAUGGAAAUAUUAAAGAUGAAGCAGAA